AUUUUAGGAGGAGACCGUGUUGACAUAUCGGAGUUGCGAUACUGUUCUCAAGUCGUCGGAUAUGCAGGAUGAAACUACAUAUUGCUGCUGCACAAAUUUAGCUGUCCUUUUUGGUGAAAAUGCAUAUCUGGAUAUUGAAAAGCAUCCUGUUUGUUGCUGCAUCUCUGAGCUCCGUACAGAUGUAUGACAGUUAUGGAGAGAUUUGUAGAAAUCUUUGUUCCUGUGAAGAGAAGGAAGGGAUUCUGACUGUGAGCUGUGAGAACAGAGGGAUUGUCAGACUAUCUGAAAUAAGUCCAGUGCAUUUCCCAAUGUAUCAUCUUUUACUGACGGGAAAUCUCUUGAAGAGACUUUCUGCUAAUGAUUUUGUCAAUUACACUGGGGUAACAAUUUUGCAUUUAGGAAACAAUGACAUCUCAGAAGUUGAAGCAGGGGCAUUCAAUGGACUUCAAGGAUUAAGGAGAUUGCAUCUCAAUAACAACAAAAUAGAUGUCCUGAGGGAUGAUACUUUUGUUGGUCUCGAGAGUUUGGAAUAUCUGCAAAUUGACUACAACUAUAUCACCAAUAUAGAACCAAAUGCAUUGAACAGACUGAAUCAUUUAGAGGUACUGAUUCUGAAUGACAACUUGUUGUCUUCUCUGCCUACCAACAUUUUCCGACAUGUCCCCUUGACUCACCUUGACUUAAGGGGGAACCGGCUAAAAAUGUUUCCUUACAUUGGCCUUUUGGAACACAUGGACAAAGUUGUGGAAUUACAGUUGGAGGAGAAUCCAUGGAAUUGUUCCUGUGAGCUCAUUGCCCUGAAAGCCUGGCUGGAGAGCAUUGCUUACACUGCUUUAGUGGGGGAGGUCGUGUGCGAAACACCUUUUCGACUGCACGGGAGAGACCUUGAUGAGGUUUCUAAGCAGGAGCUGUGUCCCAGAAGAGCCAUCUCCGAGUAUGAUGUGCGUCCACAACCACCCCUCAGCACGACUGGAUACUUCCAAACCACUCCGGCUGCUGCGACAGCAUCAGCCACCUCAUCUGCAGUUCUACGGUCCUCAUCGAGGCCAACAAAGGGCACACGGCAAUCCAGCAAAUCAAGGUCGAAACCCACCUCUCGCAUCCCCUACAACUAUGGUCCAAUAAUUGCUUACCAGACCAAAUCUCCAGUGCCUUUGGACUGCCCAACUGCCUGCACCUGCAAUUUACAAAUAUCUGAUCUAGGAUUGAAUGUUAACUGCCAGGAGAGAAAGAUUGAGAGCAUCUCUGAUUUAAAGCCAAAACCUUACAACCCAAAAAAGAUGUAUCUUACAGGGAACUACAUCCCUGUUGUACGCAGAUCUGAUUUCAUAGAAGCCACUGGAUUAGAUUUGCUUCACCUUGGAAACAAUCGGAUAGCCCUCAUACAUGACAGAGCCUUUGGGGAUUUAACAAACUUGCGUAGGCUGUACUUGAAUGGCAAUUUAAUUGAGCGCCUCACAGCAGAAAUGUUUUACGGACUGCGGAGUCUGCAGUACUUGUAUUUAGAAUACAAUGUGAUCAGAGAAAUUGUGUCAGGUACCUUUCAGUAUGUACCAAAUCUCCAACUGCUUUUUCUCAACAACAAUGUUCUGAAAACCUUACCUGCAAAUAUCUUUUCCGGGUUGGCGUUAGCCAGACUUAAUCUCCGCAGUAAUCAUUUCCAGAAUCUGCCUGUAAGUGGUGUGUUAGAUCAGUUAAAAUCACUGGUACAAAUAGAUCUGUAUGAGAACCCAUGGGACUGCUCAUGUGACGCGUUAGGUAUGAAGAUCUGGCUGGAGCAGCUCAACACGGGCACAGUUGUAAAUGACGUGAUAUGUGGAUCUCCAAAGCGGCUGUCUGGGCAGGAUAUGCGAGCUAUCAAAUCAGAACUCCUUUGUCCCGAUUACUCUGAUGUUAUUGUCUCAACUGUGGCUCCAACUGAAGAAUCUUUUCCAGGCAGUGCCACUACUGCAGAAGGUUCCCUGCGAUACAACACACCCUCAAGCACAGUCCCUCUUUCUGUUCUGAUCCUAAGUCUCCUUUUGGUCUUCAUAAUGUCUGUUUUUGUUGCCGCAGGCCUGUUUGUGCUUGUGAUGAAAAGACGCAAAAAGGCUCAGAAUGACCGGACCAGCAACAAUAACUCUGACGUGAGCUCCUAUAACCUGCAGUACAGUCUGUAUAGUAACAGGUCUGUUCCGAAAGUUAAAAACCCUGCUGGGCACGUAUACGAAUAUAUUCCACAUCCAAUGGGUCACAUGUGCAAAAAUCCCAUUUACAGAUCCAGAGAAGGCAAUGCCGUGGAGGAUUAUAGAGACUUACACGAGCUGAAGGUGACGUACAAAAAUAACACUGAUGAAGACAGGGACAGUGAUCUAAGAAGUACCACCUACAGUGUGAGUACCAUAGAACCACGAGAGGACCCCUCCCCUGUGCAAGACGCUGAUCAUUUCUUCAGAGGCAUUCUCGAGCCAGACAAAAAGUCACCUUCCGGAAACACUUUUGAGUACAAGUACAGCGGCCCUGCGUCAUACAUUUACACACCAACCUAUGACGUGAGGCGACAAUUCUUGCACCCAGAAAGGAUACCAGAGACAGUUCUGUAUGGUACAGCACCAAGUACUGUGUAUGUUGAGCCCAACAGAAAUAAAUAUCUGGAACUAAAAGCGAAACUUCAAGUGGAGCCGGACUACCUCGAAGUUCUUGAGAAACAAACAACAUUCAGCCAGUUUUAAACUACUGUAUAUAUUAUAUAGUAUUUUCCCUUAACAUAUGCUUCAAGCUGGAGUGUGCCUUGGCACAAAAUAACUGUCUUUAAAGAUCAGUAAAUGGGUGUGCCGGACUGUAUAAUUAGAACUAUUUUUUAAAAUUACA